AUCAGCAUGAGAUUUCAGUAUAAAGGAUUGUUGUGGAAAUUAAAAACUUGAAAGCACUUGUAAAACUCCUACCACUGCUAUUAGUCACGACUCCCGUAGGAUUCAGACGUGGCACUUGCCUCAAGAGUUGUUCAGAUGACGUAAGAAGGCAGAUUCUUGAUCACUGCGCCACCAGGAAAGUGCAGGAGACCAACUCUGAAGACCCAUGGAUCUAGUGGAACCAGUUUACCUGUGUCUCCCUGGACUGACACCCCUAGACCGACCCAGGCAGGGGAGCAGCGGGCGGGUGAUGAGGACCGGGCUGGCAGAGGAAACACAGCGCCCCACUGGACGAGGAGACAAGCCUGGGACCCAGUCCUGCUGCCGCAUCCCACCCCUGGACAGAGGCCCCGCCCCCAGCUGUUCCUUAGCCCUGGAGCAAAGAGCAUCCACAGGCCCAGCAGGAAGGAAGCCUCUGGAAACUGACCAAGCUGUCUGGAUCCUCCACCCCAGGCCGCCCCAGCCCUGCGCUCCGCCGCCAGGGAGGGAGAGAAGCCUCCGGCAUAAGGAGACCAGCUCUGGCAUCCACUGGCUGUGUGACCUUAGGCAAGUAACUUAACCUCUCCUGAAGAGAACAAUAGUGAGGAUUACAGCAAGUAAUGCAUGACACCUGCUCGGAUUGGUGCCUCACUCAUGAUAACAGCGGUAAAUGCCCUGCCUCGCCUGCUCUCUCUGGCUGCGCCCACUUCACAUGAUCAGUGGGGGGACAGAAGAGCUCCCAGGCUCCGGGUGCAAGCUCCAGCAGGGGAGGCUGGGAACUGCAGUUGGACACAUGACCCUGGGACCAUCUGAGGUACCAGGCCCGUGCCAGGAGGCAGCUCCCCCAGGCUCUCCACGUCUCCGGCUGAUGGAUGACCCUCUGCUCUCCCUCCCUCCUCCCUCUGGACGCUGCUGUCUCCAAGGCCACCGCCUGCCCAGGGUGGGAGCUUGUGCAGGCAGGGAGAAGCCGGGCGGGCUGGCGAGGCCUCUGCUGGCCUUGCCUCCCUCCUUCCACAGCUGCCCUGCCUGUAACCCCAAGGUUCUCCCCAACAACCUCGGCUGGUUCUGGUUGGCCCGGCUGCCAAUGUGCUUGAUUCUUUCCUUCAGCGACUGUGAAUUGAGUGCCUGCCAGCUAUGGGCCAGGCACUGUGCUGCGUCCCUACCGCCAAUGAGCUCACCCACAAUGAACAGUAAACAGGACCUGAACUCAGCUGGCUUGUUCGGGUUGUCAGACCUCUCGAGGAGAUGGCCUUGAGCUGAAAUCUAAAAGGUGGGAAUGAGCCCCCCACGAGAUGAUGUGGUACAAGGAUAUUUCGGAGGAGUUGCUGGCUAGUGCAAAGGCCCUGAGGCAGACCUAGGCUUGCAUCAGUGGGCCUGGGCAGAGGAGGAUAGGAUGAAGGGAAGGAAAUGGAUUCCUCUUCAGGACUAAGCAUCCUCUGCCAAAGCCUUGUGGGAAGGGGUCAAGUUCCAGUCACCACCAGGGCCACUAGAACCCAGGCAGGGCCCAGGGAGCAGGAAAACCCCACCGGCGUAUCUGGGAUGUGCUUCAAAUCCUGAGCUGGAGGCUGCGCCCAAAGAAUCCCAAGUGGCAGGAAAGGGUAAAACCACCCUCUUUGUCCCCAGGACAGAGGCUGGCACAGAGCCACGAGCCCUGGCUUGCCUCAGAGUUACUGAGCAACCUUGGACAGGUCAGGUCACCUCUCUGGGCCUAGGUUUCCAUGUUAACAAACAUUGGCUAUGUUGUGGACGGCUGCCUGCCCCCCAGCUUCUGAACUCUGGGACCGUGGGCGAUUCCCCGCCCUCCCUGGGCUGCAGCCUGGGCUCCCGGGGGUGAGUCCUGGGAAAGCCCCCGGGGCUCCAGAGGCGUGUCAACCUUGAGCGCACAGCUUGAGGGUCUCAAAGAUGGAGCCGUCCCUCGAGGCCCUCAAGAAACUCGGGGAGACAGACGCUGGAACAGAAGUCACGGAAAGUGAGAAGAGAGCUCUAAUGAGGCACAGACCCAGCCACGAGGGGGCAUCGUGAAAAGAAUUCCUGGCCUCGGAGGAACAACACCUGAGCAUCGGGGCAGCGCAGGACUGAGGACAAGCCCUUGCCUCCUGCGCCGGACGGCCGGUCGCUGGGGAUCUAGAGCUGGGGGCAGGGGAGGUAGGGCUGCCAUGCUGCUAAUCUGACUCAGACCCUGGGCUCUCCAAUGAGGUAGAAGCAGGUUAUUUCUGGAGCUUCCCCUAAGGAUUCAGCAUUAUCCCUCCCUGGCAUCUGAUCUCCAGCCAGAGGCAGCCUGAUCCUGGGCUAAGCCCCUCCUGCCAGGUGUCCCAGGAGGAGAAGGAGACGAGCAUCUCUUUGAGCCAUUUAGCCCAUCACGACGGCUCCAAGAACAUUUGACAUCUGUGAAAUGACAUCAUUAGCAGCCACAGGCUAUAUGGCAACCGCUUCCAUCGACUUAUUGUGCGUCGACUUGCACGCUUCCCGGGCUGAGGCCCCGGCGUGGGCUGAGGAAGAGGCAGGGGGCGGCCAGAGUGGAUGUCUCCCCUCCCCUCCUGAUUUGCCCUCUGUCAUCUGGAAUCGAAAGAAAAAUGGGGCUUUGUUCACCAUCAGGCCCCCUGCAGGACGCAGCCCGGAGCCUGUCACAGGAACUUGCCGUGAAACAACAUGCGGAUCUCCAUCACAUGUCUCACGAUGAGUCUCAUCUCCCGAAGGGAAGGGUGAAGAGAAAGCCAACGCUGGUGAGCACCUCUUAUCUGCCAUGCUCUGUGCUAGAUGCGGCCUCCCCACGAUGCUGUGAGGUUGGAAGUAGCCCCAUUUCACAGCUGAGAAAACUGAGGUUCAGAGAGAGCCAAUGAUCUGCCAGAAUGAUGCAACUGGAAGUGAUGAAGGUGUGAGCAGUGGGAGCUUCCGCCCAGUUCUGCACACGUUUCUGUGCGCUGGGAGUGUCCUUGCACACCGGUAUGUGUCCUGUGUGAACGGAGCCCAGAAAGUGCGGGCACGCGCGGAAAUGUGCGGGUCCCUGCUCAGCUCCCCGCCCGUCCUGCGGUGCGUGAGUGGAAAGCGCCCGGUGGCCCUGCCCGCCGAGUGUGCGCGCGCGGGGUCCCGGGCCGGCGUGCGCGCCGGUGUGAGUGCGAGUGAGUGCGGCGCCGCUCAGCUCGCUCCGCGCCGCGCCGCCCUCGCCGCCCGCACUCUCGCACUGCUCGGCGGCUGCCGGUGACGCGGACUGGGCCCGCCCCCUGCCUGCCGGCCCCUGGCACUCACUCGCGCUGGCCGCCGCCGAGCAGGCAGCAGCCGCGUCAGGGCCGUCCGGGGGUGCCGCCGGCGAUGCCCACAGCCCCCGCCGCGCCCUGCCGGGCCUGCUGAGCCGCCCCCGGGCCGGGGCCGCGCCGGGUCUGGCCGGGCCGCGCCCGGGCGGGGCCGCGCUGCCUGCAUGACCCUCCGGCGGCGCGGGGAGAAGGCGACCAUCAGCAUCCAGGAGCAUAUGGCCAUCGACGUGUGCCCCGGCCCCAUCCGGCCCAUCAAGCAGAUCUCCGACUACUUCCCCCGCUUCCCGCGGGGCCUGCCGCCGGACGCCGGGCCCCGCGCCGCUGCACCCCCGGACGCCCCCGCGCGCCCGGCUGCGGCCAGCGCGGGCCGCCGCAGCCCCUCCGACGGCGCCCGCGACGACGACGAGGAUGUCGACCAGCUGUUUGGAGCCUACGGCGCCAGCCCCGGCCCCGGCCCCGGCCGCAGCACGGCGCGACCGCCCGCCAAGCUGCCCGAGGACGAGCCGGACGCCGACGGCUACGAGUCCGACGACUGCACCGCCCUGGGCACGCUGGACUUCAGCCUGCUCUACGACCAGGAGAACAACGCUCUCCACUGCACCAUCAGCAAGGCCAAGGGCCUGAAGCCGAUGGACCACAAUGGGCUGGCGGACCCCUAUGUCAAGCUGCACCUGCUGCCAGGAGCCAGUAAGGCAAAUAAGCUCAGAACGAAAACUCUCCGAAACACUCUGAACCCCACAUGGAACGAGACCCUCACUUACUACGGGAUCACAGAUGAAGACAUGAUCCGAAAGACCCUGCGGAUCUCGGUGUGUGAUGAGGACAAAUUCCGCCACAACGAGUUCAUCGGGGAGACGCGGGUGCCCCUCAAGAAGCUGAAGCCCAACCACACCAAGACGUUCAGCAUCUGCCUAGAGAAGCAGCUGCCGGUGGACAAGACAGAAGACAAGUCCCUGGAGGAGCGGGGCCGCAUCCUCAUCUCCCUCAAGUACAGUUCGCAGAAGCAGGGCCUGCUGGUUGGCAUCGUGCGCUGCGCACACCUGGCUGCCAUGGACGCCAAUGGCUACUCGGACCCCUACGUGAAAACAUACCUGAAGCCAGAUGUGGACAAGAAAUCCAAACAUAAGACAGCAGUAAAGAAGAAAACCCUAAACCCAGAGUUCAACGAGGAAUUCUGUUAUGAGAUUAAGCAUGGGGACCUGGCCAAGAAGACCCUGGAGAUCACCGUUUGGGAUUAUGACAUUGGAAAAUCCAACGAUUUCAUCGGCGGCGUGGUUCUGGGCAUCAAUGCCAAGGGCGAGCGCCUGAAGCACUGGUUUGAUUGCCUGAAGAACAAGGACAAGCGGAUCGAGCGCUGGCACACGCUCACCAACGAGCUCCCGGGGGCCGUGCUCAGCGACUGACCCACCCCCACCUGCCCGCUGCACCUACCCCUGGCCCGGCCCAGCACAGGCCUGGCCCUGGGCUUCCUCAGCUGCCACUAAGGGCCUCACCCCCAUGUUUGGGGAGAUCCAGGAUGCCUGCUUGGACACAGAGCCACUGCAGCCCCCACUUAGAGGCCAUGGAAGGCCCAGCCCCACCGAGAGACAGCGGGGGCAGAGAGCUGGGCCUGCUUUUGGCCCCCUGGGGCCUGAGAGGGCCAGAGGUGGAAGAAGAGGACCUUGGCCUCAGCACCCACCCGGAGGAAGUAGAUGGGGCAGUCCAGAAGACAAGGAUCCUACUAGAGGUCAGCAGUGAGUUGCAGGGGACCCCAGGCUGAGAGAGCAGGAGUGCCAUCAGGGAGAGGGGCAGUAAGAGAAGGAGACUUUGGGCAGGGGCAAGACAGGACUCUGAAGAAAGUUCAUUCCCAAAAGGAGGUUCUGACUACAUCUGUUCAUCUCUGGCAUGACUGGGUGGGUGGAAAAAAGUUGACCUGAGAGCCAGGAGUCUGGUAAAGAUCCUGGAGCUCCCAGUGAACGUGGGCACAGUCCAAGCGCUUCACUCAAUGAUUCCACAGGCCCCUGGGGAUGAAUGAGACCCAGGGCCUGCCCUCAGGGAGGUCCCCAUCUAGUCAGGGAGCUGGAAACAAACCAUUACAAUGGGGGUAUGGGGGUGUGAGGAAUGCCAAGGCCAGCCUGACCCACCUGCACGUUCUGUGGAUUCCGCUGACUUGGCUGGGAGAGCAGGGAGGGCUUCCUGGAGGAAGUGAUGCUUUAGCAAGGCCUUGAAGGGUGAGAAGAGUUUCUAGGCCGACAAAGGGGGAAGAGCAGUGUAAGCAGUGGGAACCAUAUACAAGGCCUGGAGGGGAAAGGUGAUGUGGGCCAGGGGCACUGUCUGGGACCCAGGGUCUCUCUGGGAGAGGGAGCAGGGUUUGUUAGGGGCAACAGCACCCAGUCCUGCUCCCACCCCACCCCUAGCUGCCAGGUCAACUGGGCUUGUAGACAUAGGGGGAGUGGCUUAAACUGAUGUUGGUGCACGGUCAAGUUCAGUUCUCAGAGCCAGCUCUCCUACCUUUGAUCUUUCUCCUCCUGAGGAAGCUGGAGGAUGGAUCCUGCCUCUCGCUCCAAGCUCAAGCAUCAGGUCAGUUGCAGUCAAGAAGAGAAAGAGUCUGUUUUUCGUUGCAUGAAAAGAACCAAAAAGUCCUCCUUGUCCUUACCCUCCUCUCCCCUUCCCCCGCCGCCCCCCCCCACCCAGGGCCCUUCUGGGUUCAGGGUGGGGAAGUGGGGAGCCCCAGGCGGCUGCUCCUGUAUCCUAGCCCUGCUGAGAUGCCCGUCAGGAGGACUCAGCAGCAGUCCAGGGCCUCGUUUCUGGGAAGGGCUGGUUCUGUCUUCCAGGAGCUAAGAAAGAGCCCCCUGCAGCCUGGGUGAAGGUCUCCAGCAAGGGGUUGAGGGCAUCAGAAUCUUGGGCCCAGGCCUGAAGCCCCAAACUUUUCCUGCCGACUAAGGGGCCUUCAGGAACGCUGGAUGAACAAAUGCAGAACCCAGGAAUUUCUGUGUUCAACCCAUCACUGCACUGAUGGGAAACAAAGCCCAGAGAGGGAAAGUGAUCUACCUGAGGCCUUCCAGCCCUACCACAGCUGGGGCAGACCAGGUUCCAUGGCCCCUGCCCCACCACCUCCAGCCCAGAGCUCUGGACACCACACCCACACCAACGCUUGUACAGGGCUCACAGGGGCACUGGGGCUAGACCUUAUGCUGCAGACACAAAGCACAUUACCAUCUGAGGCCUGGGGUGAUGAUGUGAAUCCCACCAAGUGCCCAUCAGCCUUUUUCCAUUUUGCAGGGGAAACAGGACUCCAGCCCCCAUACAGUACCUGGCAAACUUUGCUGGUCAGGGAGUCUUGGUUUUCCCUAAGAAGGCUUUGUGUGUGGUAAGGGUUUUACAACCACUGUCUUGAUGAAUCUUCACAGCCCUGUGAGAUGGGUUUAAUUGCCAUCGCCAUUUGACAGAUGACGAAGGAGAUUCAGAGAGGCUGAGUCUAUUUAUGAAGAACCUUGUGUCUGGGUGAACUCUGGGUUAUCGUCUUAGCUUUGCCUUUUGGGCAGUGGAGGCAGGUUUCUCAUUCAGAGAGGAGCUUCACGAAUUCCCUGUAAACACACGGAAAUGCUGAAUGGCCAAGUUAGAAGUACACCUAGAGCCUCACCUAGUACAACUUCCUUGUUAGACACGUGGGGAAACUAAGGCCUAGCAAGCAGAAGGGGCCUACACAGGACCCAGUUGGGAUAAGAACCCAGGACACCUGGCACCCAGUCCAAGGCCUUCUACUGCCCUAGACUGUGUAAGAGAUUUGGUCCUUAAACAUGGUCCCAGCUGACCACAGGGACAGUCAGGCUGGGAGGUGGGGCUCCUGGACAGCUAGCCUGAGUGCAGGAUGGGGCACUUGGGUAGAAAACCUCCCAGGGAGAACCUUCACUAGGACCCUGGCACUGUUCUGGACCCCUUACAGGUUGUAUGUCUGUCUGUUAGAGAAAAAGGCGCUUUGAGAAGCUGCAGCGUGAGCUCUCCCUUUGACCCCAACCUGGCAUCUUUCCUCUGGUCCCUCAGCCCCACAAAGACGGUGAAUUUGACGCCAAACAAAAACAAAACAAAAAAAAGUCAUUCCAAAGUCAGAUGUCAAUAACCAGGGGGUCACCAGAUGUGGCAUCCACCGCCACCCCCACCCCCCUGCCUAGUCUCAGCACCCACCACCACCACUAGCCAAUCCCCCACGGGCCCGUCUUCCAACCCUGAAGCGGUAACCUCCUGACCUCUAGUGGCGAGAGCGAGGAACUGCAUCUCCUGGCCCGAGCAUGUCUUCCCUUUGUUCCUUCUCCAACCGAGAGAACCUCCCGAUGCAUGGACUCUGGCUGUCUUCGACGCAGACUCGUGCACUGCUUACCACCGUUUUGCUAUCAUGUGACGGCUGCAGAAACAGUCCUGAAACUGCAGCCCCACACACAAUUUUUGUACUUUUGUCUGACCUACCCAAAGGUGUCCUUUUUAAGUCUUAUUUGUUAAUAUUUAUAAUGACAUAUAAUCAAAAGUAAAUGGAAACGUUCAUUGUGAUCA